GUGACAUGAGAAAGGAGGAGAAGGGUUUAAAAAGCAGACCUCCUUCCCAGUUAAUGACCGUGUUGCGAGAGGCUCAGCUGAGUGCGACUGACGGACACUGCAAAGAUCAGAUUGUAAUCUCAGACUCCAGCUUCAGAGCAGAUAUGUCUUUCUUUACCACUGUGGCACUCGUGGUUUUUCUGGCUAUUGCUGAGGGUACCAGUCAGGGGGAUCCAGGAGCGCCUCCGCAAUGUCAGUGCAUCAAGACGGAGAGUAAGCCCAUCGGACGUCAUAUAGAAAGGGUGGAGGUGAUCCCUGCCAGCCUUCACUGCUCAGAAACUGAGAUUAUUGCCACUCUUACAAGCAAUGGGAGAAAGGUCUGUCUGGACCCUAAAGCUCUGUGGGUCCAAAGAGUGCUCCAGAGAGUUUUGGAAUCCACACCUUGAAGGAUAACGGACCGGGACACGUCUUCGCAGGAAGGAUUCACGUGACAGCAGUUGUGUCUUAAAAAUUGUCAACACAACAACGAGUACGGACACAAACAAGGCUUUAUUCUGAAGAGUGUCACACUUUCAAUAAACUGUUUUUAAAGCAAUUAAAAUACCUGUGUGAUGGAAAUUUGACCUGGUGAGACUUCUGAAAUAAAGAGAUUUGAGAAUAAUAA